AGCGAAACAAAAAAAAGAGAAGUGCCUUAGAAGUGCGAACUAUGUGAAGUGUUGUUUUUAAUGAUUGAUUAACACUUUAAAUAAUUGUACAAUAUUUAAAUAUCAUUAUAAGUAUUUAAUUCUAUUUUCCGAAUUGAAUUAAUGAGAAACUGUUGAAACAUUUAACUUCAUUAAAAAAGUUUAUCACGCUGUGAACUCAAAACAGUCAUUGAUAAGGAAACUGAAUAAUAAAUAUUACAUACGCGAAUCAACAAUGACUGCUAUAAAUUUAAAAGUUUCUAAACUUUUGGAGAUGUUUAAGGGACUGAAAUCUGAUGCAGUUCCGAGAGCGCCUCGGCCUUCGAGUGAGAAUGUUGAAACAGAAAAUGACUCAUCUCAAGAACAGGAAGAAGAAAUCGUGAUAGAGCCAGAGCCUGAUGACGAUUUUAAAAAACAAAAGAAGCCUAAAAAGACGUUCUUCAAAACUAAGAAAACUGAAGACAUUGAUGAUGAUGAAAAACCUAAGAAGAAAACAAAAGAACGAAGCGAAAGUACGAGUUCUGUGAAUGUUCAAGCAACUGGAAAUGUAUACAACAUAGUGAACGCUAAGGGUGUAAGACUAGGCAAUGAUUAUUACUUUGGCCCUGUUUCUAUGGCACCUCAAAACAAAACAGGCAGGGAGAAAAAAUAUGAAGAGGAAGAAAUUGAGAAGGACAACUUAAUUAAACUUGUGAUGGAAGCUAAAAUUAAGCCUGAUCAUGAUUACAUAGACUAUAUAUCCAAAAAUCUCGGCAAGAAUUGGCACUGUUUCUUCAGAUCACUGGGUUUUUCUCAAGGCCGGAUAGAAACCGCGGAGAUUAAUGCAGCUGGUUAUGAUAUAUCAGAGGCUCGCUACAAACUACUUUUGGACUGGAUAAAUAAUGAAGAUGAUGGCUCUCUAGGCCGUUUAACUACUUUACUAUGGGAGGAAGGAGAAAGGAGUAUAGUUAAGAAUUUGUCCGUCAUGUAUAAAAAGAGUAAAAAGCGAUAGUAUAGCUUAUGAUGAAUAUAGAACAAAGUUUCACUGCAAUACUAAGACUAGAUGAGUAACAUCACAUUACUUCAAUUUUGUAUUAAAAAGAGAUUUUGAAAUAGACUUCUUUUAUAUCUCUCAAGGAUUAAUAAUACAUUCCAAAAUUACUGCUGACAGCAUUACUCGCUUCUGUCAGUGGAUGUAAUUGGAGCCACUGAGCACCAAUAGACAUUAAUGUCCUUUAAAUCUUAAGGUUUUGGGAACAUUGAAAUAAUUACUUGUACACAAUAAAUAUCUAGUAAUAAGUAUGUACUCAAUUAUAUUAGCAAAAUAUGCAUAAAAAUGCUGCUGUGAAUGAAAAUGUAAAUGAACACAAUUAGUAUUAGGCAAUGGUAAGGGAAUAAAAUGUCUAUUUUUAUAAUAAUUCCAGAAAUUUUCUAUUUGAAGUAAUUUGUACGUGUAACUACCUACAUGCCUAUAAAGUGAUUUACUGUAAAAUGAUGUGAUUGGCACAAAAUCCAUCAGGCAAAUAUUGCCAGUAUAUCAAAAAUUGUGAUAUGAACUUAAAAAGUUAAUAAAACCUUUUAUUGUUGAAAUAUUUUAGAUCUAGUCACGGAAUAUAAUAUUUUUUAAGAUUUUACAUUUUGUAACAGCAAUAUUUGUUAAAGAUGUGAUCCAUUUAUUAAAAUUAUUGAAACUAA